AUGGUGGGAGAAGGGGUGUUGCUGCUGCAGCAACAACCACCAGACAGUGCUGCUACGGGGUUGCAGCAGCAGCAGCAGCAGCAGCAGCAGGAGCAGGAGGGGGGCAGCAGCAGGAGGAGCAGCAGCAGCAAGAGAGAAACACAGCAGCAAGCCGAGAGCUCUACUCUGGCUGUAUCUGCUGCUGCUGCGCUGCAGCCAGGAGCUGUCGCAGCAGCAGCAAGAUGA